GGCCCGGAAGCGUUCCCGCUACACUUCCGCGGCGAGGGGGCUUCCGGCGGUAGAGCCCGUUAGGCCGGGCCCGUCCCGGUGAUGUGAGCGCCGGGGUCUGCUCCUUUCGUGAGUGAGGAGCAGAUUCCCAAUGUCCUGCCAUGGAUGAUGACAGCCAGGAUGAACUGAUAAACAAGAAUGCUGCACUAGGCAAGGCUAAAAGACAGAGUCUCGCCCUCCUCAGUGAAACAGAAAGCAAUGGUGGAAAUAGCUGUGAUUCAGAAGAUGAUACCGGAAGUGAGGAGGAAGAUGAUGACACUGAGGGAGAGGGGGGUGAGGAGGACAAGGAGGAAAGUGAAGAUGAAGAAUUAGAAGAUUGCGAAGACGACGAUGACGAAGAAGAGGAGGAGGAAGAAACUGAGGCUGCUGUCGGGGGAAUGACUGAUUCUCUGAAAUUAGAGCCACGCAUAAAUGAAGCGAGCAUUUCCUCUGAUGAGGACAGCGAAAACUGCCCCAUUUGCCUCAACACAUUUAGGGAUCAGGCUGUUGGGACUCCCGAGAACUGUUCCCAUUACUUCUGCUUGGACUGCAUUGUGGAGUGGUCUAAGAAUGCAAACUCCUGUCCAGUGGAUCGAAUCCUCUUUAAGUACAUUAGCAUUCGGGCACAUUUUGGUGGUAAAAUCUUAAAAAAGAUUCCUGUUGAGAACGCAAAAACUCAGGGUAAUGAUGGAGAGGAUGAUCCAACCUUCUGUGAAGUGUGUGGCAGAAGUGACCGCGAGGAUCGCCUGCUGCUGUGUGAUGGCUGUGAUGCAGGGUAUCACAUGGAAUGCCUUAAUCCACCUCUGAGUGAAGUCCCUGUAGAUGAAUGGUUCUGUCCAGCCUGUGCCCCCAUAAGUGUCAGUGUUGCUGCAGAUACCGAUCAUGUCAGUGAAGAAGAGGUUGCUGCCCUCAUGGCUGAUGUUACUCCUACCACCAGUAGGCUGCGCCCUCAUGUCCGAACGCGAGCUAUAGCCAGGACUCGGCAGAGCGAACGCGUUAGAGCAACAGUAAAUAGAAACCGGAUAACAACAGCACAACAAAUUCAGCACGUGCCAAGGUACCUCAUGUCCUCUCUUCUGGAUGAAACAAUUGAGGCAGUUGUAGCUGGCCUAAACACAGCUGUCUACCAGCGUCCUCUUACACCGCGGGCUCCUACUAGGCAGAAAAGAAAAACAGGUAGGAGGAAGAAAGUAGGAGGCAAAAAAAGAAGUCAGACAAAAUCUUCUGCUGGGAAGAAGCAGAAGAGAUGCAAGCGUCUGAUAAAGAAGAGGAGGGGGAAAAAGAUGAGAGUAAGAUCACAUGUGAAAAAUGAGGUUACUACUCGCUCCCGUAUUGCAAGAACUCUUGGUCUUAGUAAACCUAUGCGUGGGGCCUCAAUUCCUUCCAUGUACAAACCAACAGAGCCCUCGCUUGGUCUGAUGAGAGCAGAUAUUGGUGCAGCUUCUCUGUCUGUGUUUGGAGAUCCAUAUGAGCUGGAUCCUUAUGAAAGUAACGAAGAGGUUCCAGCAAAUCCAGAUUCACCAGUGAGUGCCAAAAGGAGAGUUCUCUCACAGUCAGCACUGAGGUCUCACCGUCCUGUAGCUAGACCUAUUUCUGUGGGACUUCCCAGAAGCAGUGUACCUGCCUUGAGUCCUGAUCAAGAAGCAGAAGCUGCCCCUGUGCCUGAUCUGUUGGGAAGUAUCCUGUCUGGACAGAGCUUUCUCAUGAUGAGUAGUUCGGAUGUGGUCAUCAACAGAGAUGGUUCGCUGACGGCAAAGAAGGCAGCUCCACUUCCUAGAAAAUCAGCGAAUGAUUCAAGAGUGGAUGAUGGUUCAGGACAUAACAUCCAACUGAGUACAGUGCACUCAGGGACCACAGCAAGCAGCUCCAUUGCGGGACCUUCAGUUUCCUUGGGGCUGAGUGCUCGCACCAGGCCCUCCUCCUCAAGCCUGUUUUCGUCGCCUCCACCCUCACUAAGCAGGAUUGAGCCUGCAGCAAACCCUGCACAGACUAUGUCAGAAAAGGCAACUGUAAAAUCAGAAUAUUCAAUGACACCCAGGUCUGUUCAGGCUCAGAAUAUAGCUACUUUGAGCAGGUAUGGCUCCAAGGUAGAGGAAAUGCCCAGAUUUAAUGGAAACGCUAAAAACUUUGCCCCCACUGAGUCAUCAUCAAAGCUGCUGAGCUGUAACUUGAAUUCUGGCUCAAAAUCUGUAACUGUGAGGCAGCCGUUAAAACCACCUCCCAAGAGAGUUGACAUCUUUGAGCUUCCCAGGAUACCAAAGAUUAAAAAGGAAACCAGCAGCAAGCAGGUGGAGCCAGAACCCUCAGGAAGCCAAAGCUGUGACAUCCCCAGCUCCUGUAUAACCCAGCUGACUGGCAAAGAGAGCACUAAUCAGCCAGGAAAGGGUAGCAAGGUGGAAAGUCAGAAGUCAAAUGCCAAGGAGUCUCAGCAACAAACACGUACAAGCGGGGUGUCUUUUUCUACCAAUACAGGCGUGUAUAGCAGUUCUUCACUGCUGGGCACUUCAAGGACCAAAGGGCCAAGCUCUUUCGAGAGUUUUAAAAUCAAUAUUCCUGGAAAUGCAGGGCAUCCCAGCAGACUUUCUAACCCAGGAUUCUGUAACACCUUCCGCCCUGUGGAUGACAAAGUGCAACAGAAAGAGGGUCCUUCACCUCUUUUCUCAGUUAAGAAAAAGCAGGUCAAAAGUGAAAUAUAUGAUCCCUUUGAGCCAACAGGAUCGGACUCGAGUUCAGCAAGCAGCAGUCCUGAAAGGCUUGGCUCAGGGAUCCCGUUAACUAAUAUUACCAGGACUAUUUCCAUCGAAAAUCCAAAAGUUCAAACGUUUCAAACUGUCCGUCGUUUCACCCCUUACAUGGUAGAAAAUAUAUUUGGGUCUGGGGCUGACUCUGAUGUGCCAUCUAGUAACACAGGGUCUCGUGAUGACGUGACAGUAGAAAGCAGGAUUGUAGAACAGAUCUCUGAUAUAGAGGAGCGAGACAAUAUGGAUGAGGAAGACUUUCUAAGCAGUCCUUGCACUUCAUCUACUGUUAAGCAAAUUUCUAAUGCAGAGUGUUUAAAGGAGGAAAGCAGAGAGGGCCCUAAUGUGUUCUUUAAUGCUGAGGAAUUGAUUAGACCGAAUAUUAAUGUGAAACUCGAACCAGAUAGUCCCUCAAAGAAUGAUGAGCAGCAGGAAGUCCAAAAGGUGGAACAAACAGAGAGGCGAUCACGUUCCAGAUCCUGUUCGAACUCCAGCUCCCGGAGCAAGAAGAAGAUGAAAAGGAAAAAGGCAUUUGUCAAAGAGCACAAGAGAUCCCGAUCAGGGUCUAGGGAUAGAGCACACUCAAGGGACCGAAGCUCCAGAUCUACCUCUUGGUCAGGUGGAGAAGAGCAUAGCAAAACACACACAUUGAAACCCAAGAGCAGGAGGUCUUCCACUGAUCGUUCUAGCAGUCAUGAACGAUCUAAAAAAAAGAAAAUUAAGGAUAAAACCAAGGAUAAAAAGGCAAAAACUUCUUGGUCUAGGGAGAGAAGGAAAUCUAGGUCAUGUUCAGGUAGUCCUGGAAGUACUUCUGAGUUUUAUGAAAAUAGGAAAAAGAAAAGACGGUCUCGAUCAAGAUCAAGACGGAGGGAACAUUCCCGAUCAAAUAGCAUUGAGAGAACUAAAAGGCGGAAACACAGGAGAGACAAGAGCUACGAGAGGUAUGAUAAAGAUAGUAGCUUGAGGUCAAGGGACAGAAAGAGAUCAAGAUCCAGGUCUCGGGAGAGGAGAAAGUGGAGGUCUCGGUCUCGGUCUGCAUCUCGAUCUCAGGAGCACAAAAGCAGCAGAUCAAAGGAAAAAAGGCCACGGUCAAGAUCAUGUUCCAAAGAAAGAAAACACAGAUCAAAAGAGACCUCACUUCCUCCUCCACCAGAAAAGGAUCAAAAGCCUCCAGUUGAAAAUGUGUCCAGGUGUCUGGAGCACCCCCAUUCCUUCAAACAAGAGCCAAAGGAGGAGCUAGUACUAGAAGAGCUUUCCAUAACCAUCCAACCAAAUGUCAAACUUGAGGAAAUACACACGGAGACCCCGGUUCAACUGAGAGAGGUUCAAGAAACUAUAAAGGUAGAACCCGUCUGCCAGGAAGUGACCAGUGAAACUGCAUUCCCUGUGCCAGAGAUCACAAACAUUUGUGUUCCAAUUGGCAGUGUGGAUUCUUUCACUGAAACAGAAUUAAUGAGUAGUAGUGAUCCAGCAGUGCUUGGUAGCUGUAGCAAUACAAACCUUGAGAUUACAGUUAAAAUAGAAAAUACUGCGUUAUGUCCAUCUCUGAUGGAACCGCCCCCAAAGAAGGAAGUUACCUUGCACAUGCUGACUGAGGCUGCACCAAUUCAAAGCUCAUCCAAAAGCAAAAUAAUAGAUUGUGUGACGGAGGUUAAAGAUGAGUGCCUUGCGUCAGAUGAGAAAAACAGUAAUUUCAGUAAGCCUGAACUGGAGGUGGUACCUCGGGGUCCUGCGCUGAAAUCAAAAGCACCAGUGAAAAGAGUUACCUGGAAUCUUCAAGAGGAAGAGAGCGGCACGUUGUCUGCCGGAAAAGCUCCAAGGAUGCCAUUUUACAAACUUCAGCGAGCAAAAGAAGGGACCUGGAAAACAGAGGACUUGAACCAAACGUUAAAUCAGGUGUAUUGUCAAAAUAUACCUUUGACGCCACCUCUGCCCUCAAGCCUUCCUCCCUAUGCCCCUGUCAGCCAGCCCACGGUUCAGUUUAUCAUGCAGGGUAGUCUUCCAGCGCUUGGCUGCGUGGCAGGACAGAGCCUGACUCCAGAGCCGGGCAGCCUGGCUACUGCAUCUGAACCAGGAAUCCAAGCUGCAUCUGUUGGAAAUGCAGAAGAAAAGAUCAAAGCACCCAAAGCUCCAGUGGAUAAAACAAAAAAUGAGGAAUACAUGAAGAAACUUCACAUGCAGGAGAGGGCUGUGGAAGAAGUAAAACUUGCUAUUAAACCUUUUUACCAGAAGAGGGAGAUUACAAAGGAGGAGUACAAGAACAUUCUCCGAAAAGCAGUGCAAAAGAUCUGCCACAGCAAAAGUGGAGAAAUCAACCCUAUGAAGGUAGCUAAUCUGGUGAAGGCAUAUGUGGAAAAAUACAAACAUAUGAGGAAACAUAAGAAAUCUGAUGGUGAAGAUACACAUGAAGUGGAAAACUGAGAGCAAGCCACGGCCAGCAUGACUUGGACUGAACUUAUUCUGGCUGCGAACACUAUGCCAGAGGGAAUAGAUCUGCAGUUGCAUCUCAUUGAAAAUAAAAUGCAGAAAAGCAAGAUUAUAAUAGGGCUUAUCUGCAGAACCUUCUUUUGAAUUGUUUCCAUAUGGGAAUGAACUUGGGUUGGGUUGGGUUUUGUUGGUUUUUUGUUUUCUUUGUUUUUGGAUGACCUACUGUAGAACUAAAUAACAAUCAAACGCCUCAGACCAGCAGAGUAAUUCGAGGGGAAACACAGAAGAGAGGAAUGUUCGGGACUCCCGGAUUGCCACAGUUUUCAGGGUUACUUUGAUCACAUUUUUGGGCUGUGUACCUGUCUUGCUAAAAGUUUGAAACUGGACACCACUUUUCAUAUACAGUAUAUUGAGAGCUGUAUACUGUUUCUCUUGUGUUUAUUUAUCAAAAUAUGGAUUGUCUUUAGAAACUUCUGAUUUAAUACUUGAAACGUAUUUUUAGCCCAUUCGAUGGUGAGCGAAGCUUUAUUCGCUCUGUCCUUUGGGGAUUGGAGAAUUGAGCUAACCUUUAUAAACUGACUUCAGAAACACUGCUCAAGCCAUGUUGUUUAUUUACAUUCUGUUGGAAGUAUCUUGUUAGUGAAAAGUUUAAUUUCAGGGUGGGAGACUGUGUUGCACUUCUGUAAAUAAUGCACUGAUGGCUGGUUUUGUGUCUGCCUUUCAGGAAAAAACGAAACAAAAAGGAAGCAUUGUGAUUUUUCAGUAACAAGCUGGAGGGAUAAAGUUGAACUGAUGUACAAAGCAGAAAUGUGACAGAAUUUAUAAAGUUAUUUUGAAUGGUUUUAGUUCUA